AUGAUUUAUCUGCUCAAACAUCCCGAGGUUGUUCAAAGAGUAAGAGAAGAACUAGUCACUGCUACGGGGAACUCAAGAUCGCUUUCACUUGAAGACAGAUCCAACACACCGUAUCUCGCCGCUACAAUUGCGGAAAUUCAACGUCAUGCAUCGAUAUUGAAUAUGAACAUAUGGAGAUUCACAAAUGUGGAUACGGAGAUUGGUGGUUAUCCAGUACCGAAGCACACCAUCGUUGCAGCUGAACUGAGCUUGAUCCUCGCCGACGAAGCGACUUUUUCUAACUCUAAAGAGUUUGAUCCAUCACGAUUCAUCACUGAUCCGUCUCUGCUGGCAAAUGUGAUUCCAUUCGGAUUAGGAAGAAGAUCUUGUCUGGGAGAAUCACUUGCUAGAGCUGAACUAUACCUUGUAUGUUUCCUUCCUGAUGUGGAAAUAGUCUUUCUAUGUCUACGUAUGCAAUUUCUUAUGGACUGA